AAUUUUAAUUCUGACUUUGACAUUUGUUGGGUAAAUAAAAUUUCCAUAAAAAAUAUUAAUUUAUUUGAAAGGAGAAAAUUAAAAUGAGCAGAAAAGCCGUACCACUUCGUGAUGUCUCAGGAUUCAUACAAAAAUUCAGAGACUUUUUAUUAGGUAGAAAACAUACAAAUGCUUUGCGUUUUGCACCCCUCUUGUCGGCAAGGACACAGCCACCGCCAGAAAUACCUGAUGGAUCAUCCCACAAACAUGCACAUAAUUAUUAUUACACAAGAGAUGGGCGCCGUGAAGUGAUCCCUCCAGCUGAUGUUACCAAAGUUUUGCUCGAAGCUAGUUCUGACAAAGGUGCUCCUAAGCAAGCUGCUAAUGUGCGACCAACUCCAGGAAAACUUUAUCUUUGGGACAAGCAUUAUGAGUAAAUCAUGGUUUAUUUAUUAAGUUAAUGAUUAAUAUAAAAUUGUAGCAAUCACAUUGUUUCAUUUUAUUAAAUAAUAAAGUAGAAAAUGAUCAUUGUUAAUUAAUUUUUAGGAGAAAAAUAAAGUACCAAGUUC